AUGUUGUCUUGGAUUGUGGGAGCCGCUGCCAAUGUCGCUGUCAUGGCGUUCCAGGUGGUCUUCCUCGCGAACCUCUUCAAUCCCAGUUACGAGUCCAAGGACUGGCAUAUCUGGCUUAUCAUGGAAGGCAUCCUCAUCAUCAACUGUUUGAUGAACGUCUUCGGCACGAGAUUGCUUCCCAUGAUCGACGCAGCCGAAUUCUGGUGGUUCCUGGGAUCCUUCUUCAUUGUGUCCAUCACGGCAGUGGCGGCCGCGAAUACUCAUCAACCGGCCAAAUUUGUCUUUGCAACCUUCAUCAACCAAACGGGCUGGAAGAACCCCUUUGUCGUUUUCAUGGAUGGUAACUUCGUGGCAUUGGACAGCAUCAGCCAUCUGUCUGAGGAGAUGUCGAACCCCAGCCGCACGGUGCCUCGGGCCAUGCUCAUGACCAUCGGUAUUGGAGCCUUGACUGAUUUGAUCGUUUGCAUCUGCUUGAUGUUUUCGGUCGGUGAGGACAAACAGGCCUUCUUCGACAGCGGGGCUCCUUACCUCACAAUCAUGCUUACAUCUACCGGCUCCAAGGCGGCCGUGGCCUGUAUCUCCACGAUGCAAUUGAUGAACAACUUCAACAGUACCACGUCCGUCAUCCAAGUCGGCAGUCGAAUCAUCUGGUCCUUUGCCCGAGAUGGCGGCUUCAUUUUCCCCAAGACAUUCAGCAAAGUCAACAAAAGCCUGGCUUGCCCCGUCCCGGCAGUCAUCAUGGCAUGGGCGAUUUCGGCUCUGGUCGCCAUUCUUUACCUGGCGUCCACCACAGCCUUCAACGCAUUGAUGUCAUGCCUCGUCAUCUUGGCCUACUUCGCCUAUGCGGUGCCUAUUAUCUGCUUGCUGCUGCGUGGAAGAACCAUGGACCGCGAAGGAACCUUCAAACUAGGGAAAGCUGGUUGGACCAUCAAUAUCCUGGCCUUGUGUUUCAUGUCUUUCCUCACAGUCUUCUUCUGCUUCCCGGUCUAUCUCCCGGCCACCAAGGAUAAUAUGAACUAUGCCUGCGUGGUCACUGCCGGUCUGAUGCUCAUUGCUUACCUGCUAUGGAUCUUUGUGGGAAAGAAAUCCUUCAAGGGGCCAUCUCUCACUGGUAUUGCUGUGGAUGAGAUUGCACGCGCACAGGAGAAGGAUGUCUGA